AAAACUACAGUGUCCACAUCCAACUUCAUUACUUCAUUCCAUUAAUGAGCAAGAAAAAUUUUUUUUUAAUUUUUUACAUCAGCUGUGAACAAAACCACAUGAAGCUCAAACUCUAGUUGCAAAACAAAAUAUUAAGACAAAUGAUGCUGGGCAAGGCUAUAGGGUAGGUACAAAAGGCUUCUCUACAACCACCCUAAGAGACAGGUGAGGCUGCCCAUGCCUGGAACCACAGCACUGGAGAGAGUGAAGCAGGAGGUUAGAGUUUCUGGUCAGCCUGGGCUACAUAGUGAGAUCCUGUCUCAAGAACCAGAAGAAAAGCAUUCCUUCCUCUCUUGCCUGAGCUGUUCCAACAGCUUGUGUUGCAUUUCCUCCAUACAGCAGUGACGUUUUUUUCAGUUCUGAGGAUUAGAACCAAAGGCCUCUCAUAUGCUAGGCAAGCACUGUACCACUGAUCUAUAUUCCUGCUGUCUUUUUUAUUUUGAGCUAACAUCUCACUAAAUUACUCAAGCUGGACUUAAUCUGCCUGUGUACCCCAUAACUGUGACCCUCCUGCCUUUGCCUUCUGAGUAGAUGAGAUUACAGGCCUAAGUCACAAGACCUGUGUCUCAAUGGUCACUCCCAUCAGGCAGUGAUUCUGAUGGCAGAUUCGUAGGGGGUGUACGGAAGGGGGUUACUGAUCCCUAACUUUAAAGAAAUGUUCAUUGGGAAUGAACAAAAAAAAUAGCUCUACACUGAAGUUUAUAUUUUAGUGGAAACAAGACACUUCAAUAAUAAAAAGUCGGAAAAGAAAGGUGUUGAAGGAAAAAUCAUGGCGUGAUGCGGAAAGGGGCCUUCAGGCUUCAAUAGUUUUUAAUCGUUCACGUGAUCUUUUCUUGCCCCUCCAGCUAGUCUAACUACUACCCUCCUUACCCAUAGUUCACGCCUUUGCUUCCAGGGCUCCCCUCCUCACUAGCUCUUAGCAGAGGCUUUUUGUCCCUGGCCAAAUCACUUCUCAUCUACCAGUUCUUUGGUUCUCAGAUCAAUUUUCACUUGCGUUGGGAAGGCGUCUCACUCGGCCACAUUUGUACCCUAGUCUUUCUUUUUCCAUUUAUUACGUGUGUGCGCCUGCGCGCGAUCAGAGGACAACUCGAAGGAGUCAGUCUUCGCCUUCCACUAGCGUUGUGAGGCUUGGCAAGCGCUUUCACCCGCUGAGCCGCCUCUCAGGCCCAGGAUACCAGUCUUUCACAGUGCAUUACUCUCGUGUAAGCACUGGUGAUAUUUUCAUUUGCUUGUUCAUCGCCUAUAACUUCACGUGAUCGGCACGAGGACACGCUGUGCUCACCCCGAACCGCCUACCUCUGGAUUCACGGGGACCAAGUAUCCACCGUACUACUGAAACCCACCGGGAGCCGGAAAAGUGCUCUUCGGUCUGGAAAAGCAGCGCUGGCGCACAGGACACCGGAAGUGCAACGCUGCUGCCCGGAAGUCCCGUGAGGCAACCUCCGAGGCAAGCUGAGAGGCGUGGUGUUUCAGAGCGCGCUGCGCUCCACUUGGCCCAAAUGCGCGUGCGCUGUGUCGGUCUCGGCUUAGGAACAUGGCCGCGCGGUCGCUGGUGGCGGCCCGGCGGCUGCAGCGCCUCCUGACCUCACGGGCCGCGUCAGAGAGCAGGGGCUGGCCAUACCCAUUCAGCACUGCCACCCAGAGAACUGCUGGUGAAGACUGCAGCUCUGAGGACCCUCCCGAUGACCUGGGGCCCUCUCUUGCUGAACGAGCAUUAAGGCUAAAAGCUGUUAAACUGGAAAAGGAGGUCCAGGAUUUAACACUGAGAUACCAGAGAGCUGUAGCUGAUUGUGAAAACAUAAGGAGACGAACCCAGAGAUGUGUGGAGGACGCCAAAAUAUUUGGAAUCCAGAGCUUCUGUAAGGACUUGGUGGAGGUGGCCGACGUUUUGGAGAAGACCACUGAGUGCUUUUCAGAAGGAGCAGAAGCUGAAGACCACAAGCUCACUCUAGAGAAAGUCUUCCGUGGGCUGUCUCUUUUAGAGGCAAAGCUGAAAAGCGUGUUUUCCAAGCAUGGCCUAGAAAAGAUGACACCCAUCGGUGACAAAUACGACCCUCAUGAGCAUGAACUCAUCUGUCAUGUGCCAGUUGGUGUUGGGGUACAGCCGGGCACAGUGGCAUUAGUACGACAAGACGGCUACAAACUCCAUGGUCGCACCAUUAGACUUGCCCGGGUGGAAGUGGCAGUGGAGUCUCAGAGAAGGCUAUGAACAAGGCAUCAGGAACUAAAUAUUCUCCCAGAGUACGGGCACCUGUUUCCUUUAUUUAUUAAACUAGGUUUGUAUUGUACAU